CAAAUUUGUAUAAUGACAUGGGUAUUAUGACGUAAACAUGAAAUAUAAGGACAUUUCAUGAGUCUUCAUAUUUAGCUUUAAAAAAAAUACUAAACAAUGUUUUAUUAAAAAUGUAAAAAUGCAGAAUGUUUUCUGUGAUGGGUAGGUUUAGGGGUACAGGUAGUGUAGGGGGAUAGAAUGUACAGUUUGUACAGUAUAAAAAUCAUUAUGCCUAUGGAAUGUCCUCACUUUGAUAGCAAAACAAACCUGUGUGUGUGUGUGUGUGUGUGUGUGCGUGUGUAUUUUGAACGCCAGCGUAUAUGGGUGGUGUGGACCGAUUCUGGAUCGUAGCGGUGGGCCGCAUGGACCAAAUAUGCCAGGGGUCAUUUUUUUGUUCCAGUCCAGCCCUGCCCCCUUGUGAUUUUUUAAAGCUUUUAUGUGUCUUGAAAAAGGCAGUUUCUAACAAGAGGCUAAAUGGACUACAGAGGUUGUCAUGGACAUUAAACAUUAUCACUUCAAACAAGAAAAGUCAUCUACUCAUAGCAUUGUGUUCAUAAUCGCGCUCUUGCAAACUGUUCCAACUCGAACUUUCCAACUUGUAGAUUUUAAAUAAAGGCUGAAAGAGUUGUUGGAAGCUUAAUGGUGGUGAUGUUGAAGUCAUGUGAAGUGGUGUAGUUCAUUUAUAGUCUACGCGUAGCUUUUUAUUUCGGAAAUUGUAUUUAGGCUUCAAAAGUUCUGUUCAUUUGUGAAGAUUAUCUUGAUGAACAAAACAUGUAAGAAUCAUAAACUUUUGUUGGUCACAGAGCUUUUUUACUGCAAUAAUCCAAAAGCCAAUGGAAAAAUCCUAUUGUGUAUUUGUGAAUGGAAUGAGGCUGAUGCGAACUUCUGGGAUGGCCAACAAAAAUGCGUCAUCACCUCAGCCAUCUAUAGGGGACCAAAGUUUGUAACAACACCAAGAGCACCGACAUUAACUUUUUAAACAAUGACCACCGAAUAGCAUCAGCAGAACAUGUACACUUGGCAAACUUACCAAAUACCUCAAUUUUGAAGAAAUCAUUUAGUGAAAAUGUCUGAAGGUACAUCACUGGAUUGUGUAUUCUCUGUGCUUGAGAAUUCCUGACAAGUCAGUGGCCACAUCACGACUCCUACACUUGAUGGGAUGUGUAAAGUCUACUGAAAAGGCCCAUUCCUCUUGCCAAAUGAAGUGAGCCUCUUUCAUCAGGAUCAAUAUAUGCCUGAGAUUCUGCCAGGCCGGGAAUCAUAAAUCUAGCUUGCAGUGAGAAGGAAAGCGAGUGAGAAGGAGAGAGAGGGCAGAUGGGAAAGGGAGGAUGAGAGAGACGCCGGCUCCUCUUAGUCUAAUGGAGGAUGGUUCAAAAGUUUAACGUGCCGGCCACCCGCUCACGUCUUUAUAACCUCUUUGAGUCAUUGUGUGCGGGUGAGGGCCGAUCACAUCGAUGGCCAUUAAACCAAAUGCCGGUCUGGUCUGCGGGGAGUGGUGGGGGGGAUGCAUUAGGGAAAUUGGCGCUGGCUGCCUGAGACGGCAUACUGUACUGAAGUAAUUACAGUUUCUGGAGGGAUGCUGAGGCCGGAGUGUGUGUGUGUGUGUGUGUUUGUGUUUGUAUGCAUGCGUAGUCUGCCGCAGAGGGUCUACGCCCCGCCCUUCCAUCUCCCCCAGCAAAGCGGCUGCCAACAGGAUAGGGCUGGGGCUUUAUUGAUGAGAUGGAUGAGAAGGGAGAUAGGGGUAGAGAGACAGAUGGGGCUUCUGUCCAGGCCAUGGCAGUGCUGGGGAGCCUGCGCUCAGGGAUGCCGCCAGCGUGGCCAGCCUCCACUGAUUAGCAGCCGCAGGAGCCGCGGGAGACCCAGCGCUGAUGAUGAUGCACACCCAUAGAGGAUCUGAGCUCGGCUGAGGCAUCUCAAGAGACAUCCACCUGCAGGAUGGGACUCACCUGCUUCAAGUCCUGGAAGUACAACAGUGCUGCACAGAAAGGAGGAAACAGGGAUGUAUUGGUUAGUCCUGGCUCAUAUUUCUUCCUGUCGAACAGCUGUGGUCAGGGGGAAGAGUGGCUGAAGAGCCUAAAUAAGGGCAUAUGGAUACCUUUUACAGGUGUGUUUGGUCAAAGGUUGGAGGAGACAGUCCUGUAUGAGAGGAGGUAUGGGGAUCACAUGGCUCCUCUGGUGGUAGAGCAGUGUGUCGAUUUUAUCCGAGAGCAUGGUCUCACAGAGGUCGGACUCUUCAGGCAGCCCGGCCAGGCCACACUGGUUAAAGAGCUGCAGGAAGCUUUUGAUGCUGGAGAGAAACCAUCUUUUGACAGCAGCACAGAUGUCCACACAGUGGCAUCUUUGCUGAAGCUAUACCUCAGGGAGCUGCCUGAACCUCUGGUGCCAUUUUCCCGCUAUGAAGAGUUUCUUAUAUGUGGCAAAAGAAUCCCCUCAAACAGAGAAAAGGGUUUGCAAGAUUUGAAGAGUCUCCUUUAUGAACUGCCUGUAGCAAACUUCAACCUUCUGAAAUACAUCUGCCAAUUCUUAAACGAUGUUCAAUCAUACUCCAAUGUCAACAAGAUGAGCAUCCAGAACUUGGCAACUGUUUUCGGGCCAAAUAUUCUCCGACCUAAAGCUGAGGACCCAGAAAGUAUCAUUGGAGGGGCAGCAGUUGUGCAACAUCUAAUGUCUGAACUGAUUCGUGAGCACAGCUUGCUCUUCUCCAGAGAGAACUGCAACCCUCCUGAAACGUCUCUGCAAGCUGUCCACCCCAUACAAAGACACAGUAAUCUUGUGGAAUGGGUGCAUGAACCACCUGCCCACCUGAGGGAGCCUCUGCUGAGCAAAGAUCAUGUGACCUUUCCAGAUCAGACUGUAGCCUGUCCACGUAAACACUCUUUACCAUUAACCACAGAGAGGAGAGGGUCUUUUCAAAGCCCUUGUGAGAAAAACAUUAACAAUCAUCUAUCAGACACAGAGGACACUUCACCAACCAGCUCUACUCUGAUUUAUGACAACCACAGUCAACAGAGCUCAGCACAAGAAUGUCUCCAUACAAGACAAGUACCUACACCCUCCACCACUCCAACUGCCUGCUCUUCUAUGACCAAAGUGCUGGAAGCUGGGGUUGAAAUUUGUGUGCAGUCAAGGAGCUGGCCUGACAUUGAAGAACCCAGCUGGAGUCCAGAAAGAGCAUUAGGGGAGAGUAAAGGCAGCAGUGAAGUCCAGGAUAGUACCUUAUCUGUCUAUGACAACAUAGUUACUGAGGAGCAGGGGGUACGAUAUACAGAAGAGGCCAAAGGUACAGCCAGCGUGGCUGAGAGCAGCAGCCCUUGGUCCUCCUGUGAGAUUGUGCCUUUGGAUGGGGGCAGUGGGAGCGGUGGAGCUGCAAGCCCAUGCCAUGGUUCCCCAGGACAGUUCCCCUCAUUCAGAAUGGACUCUGGUGAAGAUGACCUUCGCCCUAACUCCCCUGCCUCAUCAUCUGCUCCCACAGAUGCCCCUUUAAGCACCGGCAGCAGUGAAGUCUUUUUGCCAAAUGCUCCCCAAGAGCCCUUAGGUUUUCCAGCCUCCCAUGCUAUGCAGUGCCUCGUUGCAGGGCUUCGUCAACAGAUGACCAGGCAAAAGGCAGAGUAUGAGGCAAAAAUUAACAGGCUGGAGCAGAGGAACAAGGUACUUCAGGGGGAAGUUGCAGGGCUGCGCUCAACUCUGGAGCAGCAGCGGCGCUGGGUCAGUGUGGCCGAGAUCAAGAUGCGAAAUGUAGAGCGUGCCCGUGCAGAUGCUGACAGACGGAACGCCACUCUGCAACAGGAGAUGGAGCAGUUCUUCGAAACAUUCGGCGAGCUUAACGCAGAGGCUCGGAAAACCAGUCGCAUUGUUCAGAGUUUUUGAAUUCACAUGCUGUUUGUGAUUCACGUGCUGUGCUACAAAUCCAACCUUAGCAGCCUAUGAAAGGUUUCAAUGUUUUAGGCCACUGUUUUCCAACUGUGGUCCGGGAGUACCUCUAACAGUACACAUUUUGGAUAUCUUCCUUAUCUGAUACCCCUCAUUUUACAAAGAAGUCUGGGAGAUUGUACAAACGAGCUGUUGAGUUUAAUUAGGGAGACAUACAAAAUAUGUAAUGUUUGAAAUACUCCAAGAUCAGGGCUGAGAAACACCAGUUUCAGAGUAAUAAAGGUGUUAAAAACAGAAGGUUGUAGAAAUAAGGAUGCAUUCCUGAGGGAAACCAUUGCCCCACUUUUAAGUACAGUUCUGUUGCCUGCACGACUGUACAGACCAGCAUGUUCAAAAUAAUAUUAAAGACAAAUUUUUGCCAUUAAAGGUGUUCAAAGACAAUGGAAUGACCCAAAAGUAGGAUAAAGUUUAAUGAUGUAGACAUCAUGUCUAAGCAUGGAUGCCAUUUUUGAGAAAAGAGAUUCUAAUGAAAACUAGUCCCUAGGGAUGCUCUAAGACAGGGGUGGUCCAACCCUGCUCCUGGAGAGCUACCAUCCUGCAGAUUUGAGCUCCAACCCCAAUCAAACACACCUGAACCAGCUAAUCAAGGUGUUCAGGGUUGCUUGAUAAUUACAGGCAGGUGUGCUGGAGCAGGGUUGGAACUAAAGUCUGCAGGAUGGUAGCUCUCCAGUAGCAGGGUUGGACACCCCUGCUCUAAGAUAAAUUAGCUCAGACUUAAAAAGUCUCUGCCCUGGCUGGGGUUCACUGUACAUUAUGUAAUGGAGUCCUGUGUAGGUAACAAGACAUUCAUACCUUGUACAUAAACAUACUGUUCAUACACUGAAUGUAUUUGUACCAUAUGAAAUAAAAUGGCGAAAAAAGAGAAGACGACA